AUGAAGUCGCUAUCUGCGAGUCUUUUUGUAAUAAGCGCCCUCCUCUUGGGCCCAGUACUAUGCAGGGGAAACGAUGCGUACAACGUUAGAUUGGGCGACGGACCCGCAAUCCUUGACGUCUUCACCGACGGGCACAAAAAUGGCAAGGAGCCCGUUGUGCGGGCUAAAAUCGACACGUUUGGUCGGAAGAUCACAGUAUCACAAGCGUGGACCGGCAGGGACAAUACCGAGAAGCGACUCCACCUCAACGAGAUACUCGAAGCGUUGUGGGAAAUCGGAGGCAUGGAGCUCAAUCAGCUGCGUUCCAUUGAGUUUAGCAUGGUCGUCAACAAACCAACGCUGGCCGCAAUUAACAAUAUAAGAAAAAGGCGCGGCUUGACAAAGAAUAAAACCUUCAGGGUUGAAGAAUCGGCAACAGGUCCAAGGGCCGCGGAUUGGACCGCCUUAUUCAAAAGCCCUCUUGGGAAAGUCGCGCGAAGGAUGGCCAAUGAGGGUGGCAAUUUAGUCGACGCAUUCGAAGUAAAAGGCGAAGUAUUGAGUCCGGUAGUGGAGAUUGAGUACUUGACUGUUAGGUUCAGUUAG